AGUACGGCGACGUCGAGCCCGGCGGAGUAGUCCACAGUUCACCGCAUGCCCCCGUAAGGUUCGGUUGGGAAUCAUAUAUCGCUCGCUACAAGUUUAGUGAAGCGCGCUCGCCACUCGUAAUAACACGAGAACAAGUUUGGCUCACAGAGCCGCUAUUAUGUCUUUAUUUCCUGUUUCUCGGAGAUGUCUGAAAGCGUGAAUUACAUUAAUAGCGAGAAGUCUGAAGCAAACGAAAUCAAGAGUGAAACCGUCAUAUCCACACAAGCACCCGGCGACCGGGGAGAUUCAAACGUGACAUUGGGCCAGCGCGAAUCUCCGAAAAUUUCUACGUCUCAUCAUAUCACAAGUAUGCCUGUUGUAGUAGCAAGUCAGGCUCCCUUAUCAGCCGCUAGUAGCGUGCAGAGCUCGCAGGCCUCGGAAACUGUAUUCAAAGCUGAGCGCAGUGAGUCUGCUGAACUAGUGACGGAAAGCGCGGAGUGCGUGAAGUCGCGCUUUGACUCUGACUCGAGUCUACACGAGCACGCUGGAUUUAUGGGGGAAGAACCGCUGGAGAUACAAUGCGGGGAAAACGCUGCUCUGCUCUAUGUGUCUAAGCUAUGCCAGGGAAGCAAGGGGCCUUGCAUAUUGUUUAACAACGAGUGGCUGACUCCAAAUGAACUCCAGUACAUCAGCGGGCGCGAGACGGCAAAGGAUUGGAAAAGAAGUAUACGGUACAAGGGAAAGUCUCUAAAAAGUCUCAUUGCCCGCGGCCUAAUAAAAGUUCAUCCUCCAAUUUGUGACUGUUUGGGCUGCCGUAUUUCAUCACCCGUGAACCGCGGUAGACUUGCUAGCAAAUGCGGGAUCCCACCAACUUCGCCACGCAGUCGCAAACGCGACGCGGUGAAGUCCCUUUCUUGUUGGAGUCACGAGGAGUUAGCAGACUCCGCCACGGGCCACCGGCACUACUCCACGUCAGAUAUUGAAUGCCUCGCUCGGCAGGCUGCCUCUAACGGGCUUCAUUUUAAGGAGAGAAGAGAUUCCAGUUCAUCUACUACCUCAGACGGCUCUGAAACGCAAGAAGAGAAUCCAUUUUCGCCCGUGAAACGCGCGCGUAGUGCUUCACCUGAAGCUGACGAGAAACACCAAAUUUAUAAGCGAAGGACCAGCGAUUCUACCCCCCUUGCCUUCUUCCCAUCAAAUCCAGGCGGAGAGGGGCUGCACGGAUAUGACACGAGAGCGAUUUCAAUGCACAGAGAGAUAAACGCGAGGUAUCUUAUGACUGGGGACCGAGGUCUGCACUCGCAGGAAGGCCCAGUGGACCCUAAAGACAAAGGGCCCCGAGGAGAGGACAAGGGGACCCCUCGUGCUGAAGGGUCCUCUGAAGCAAGGAGUGCCUUCCGUGCUGUGCACCAAGACGUCGCGAUGUCGGAGGUCACGAACGAGGCUUUACAAAGAGAUAUGGCGAUACGAGCUGCCAAGCUCCACAAACAGCCGCCACCAAGUCCAGGGAGAAACCCCGCGCAAUACCUCCCUACAUUCUCGCACCCUAUGGGCGCCACAAGUCUUAUCAGCCCGACUCACUCCUCGCCACGACUUCCGCCAGACCCGUUACUGCUCGCGGGACAUCCCUCGGGUAUUUACCAUCCUGCUUUGCGGGGAGUAGGGUAUGCCAGUAUGCAUCAACUGCAGCAGAAUUUGAUGCAAUACAGACUGCUUGCACCACCAGGUACGCAUAACCCUACACAGAGUCCGCUGGCCGGACUUGCACUACAGAACAAACUCUACAUGCACGAUACCGGUGCCAUGGCAGCGAACACUACCAGUAGCGCGCAGGCGCAGAGACAACACGAAAAUGGCUUAUCUCCGAAAAGGCGAAGACUUUCCGCGGAGAGUUCGGAAAGCGGUCGAAGGCAAUCGAUUGCUAUUUCGGACGAGACGAACGAAAAACGCGAAUGCGAACAAAUGAAUGGAGACCGGACUAAUCAUGUAAGUGUUAUACACAGAAGUCCUAAUCAUUCUCCUAUCUCUAUCGACGAACCGGCCGAAUCCACUAGCUCCGCGAGCGCUAAAGACCGCGUGUCUCCACACAAACUCAUCCCCAAACUUCGGCUGGACCUGGACCAGGACAUCCUGGCGUGGGGCGUGGAUGACGUGUGCAAGUUCAUCCUCUCGCUCACCGGGGUCCCUGAGGUCGUAGCAGAGUUCCGGGAACACUCGAUUGACGGCCAGUCCCUGAUCCUCUUACAGGAAGAACAUUUGCUCAACCGAAUGGGCAUCAAACUUGGGCCUGCGCUCAAGAUUAAAGCCCAUAUUCGGAAAAUCCUAGAAAAACUUCAGUCUUCGCAAGAAAACAACGAUAGUACCGAAUCGACAUAGCUAGAUGUCUAAAUUAUUCGUUUGAAUUAUCAAUUCAUGCUUUGUAGUACAUAGAGGUGAUUAUAUUGUACAUAUAGCUGUUGUGAUACAAGCUGAGGGACGCUUUCGCUUCCGUCGUUGAAAUUCAUAUUUUCAUAGAAGUUCUCAUAGCAAUAUUUCCAAGAAAUUUUGCGUUGUGUGGUUCCGGUAUAUAAUGUAAUUAUAAGCUUUGCGAGCUGUUUGUAAAAUAAAUGAGUGACGGGAAAGAAAUUUAAA